AUGGAGCAUCUACUGAACGACAUUCUGCAGAAUCCCCAAGGGCCUUCUGUAAAGCAUGUUGAAGAGCGCUUGGACGGAAUUGACGGGCAACGUGAAUUUGUGGAGCUUCUCAAGAGCGGAAACGGAAUCGCAUUUACUUACAUGAAGACAAGAUGUAAGGAGUGGACCGAGAACCCGAAACGCAUUGAGAUGAUACACAGAAUUCACGAUGUUCUGUUCUCACUGAUAUUCACAUCUUCCGAGCAGAACUUCGGGAUCCUAUGCUUCUUUUUCGAGACCUUGUAUCUUUGCGGAAACGGAUGGAGCAGCCUAGUUGAGGACUUAUGUGCAAAUCCAAAUGGAAGAAGUGUAAGAGUUCUGAAUCACAUGUUCAACAAGUACAGGGUUUGCUCAAGAAGCAAUGCCCUGUAUGGCGAAAUAAUAAGGAACAUAGAGCUGUGCCAGGACAUAUUUAGGAAAGCAUACUUCGAAUCUCUUUCUGAAGACGAAAACAUCCUUGGGAUGUUCCACUCCCUGGUAUUUCAGGACAUCCAUCCCUUCUUUGAGAACAAUGCAGAUAGGUUUCUAGGAUCAUUUUGCAAGUUGCUACGUAAGCAAGUUCUCGAAAAGGAUGUAUGCGAGAUCUUCAACUUGUUUGUAACAAAGUAUCCCGAGUGUGUUGACAUGACAAGGAUUCUAGGAGUGGUGCUGACAACUAUAACAGGAUUCGAUUAUCUUAAGUAUACUGUUCUGCUCAACAUUGUGAAGAGAAAAAGCCAUCCUGUCCUUUCUAAGUUCUCCGAUGCGCUUUCAAAUGCAGUGAAGAUGGGCGCAUUUGUGUCUGAGAACGAAAUCAUGGAAAUGAAUGAGGAUGUGCUGCUGUAUUCAAGAAAUCUCCUAAAAGGUUACGAUGUAAAUAGAGGAAUAAUUAUCGAGAUGAUCGGGCAUCUUCGGAAGGUUUUUGGAGAAGGAUGGGGAAGCAUGCUUAUUGAAGGAACAGUGGCAACACCAAUAGAGGAAGAGAGAUUAAUAUUUUUGUGCAUGGCUUUGGGGAUCCGACUGGAAGAGGCUGUUAGGAAGUGCAGUGGGAUAGUUCAGGAUAGCAAGUCUAUAGGAUAUCUGGGAGUUGUUUCCUUUCGAUAUCUGCUGUCUAUUGGCCACUACACUGUCAUUGAUCCGGGAUACAUUAACAGAGGAAACCCUGGAUCAUUUCUUGCAAUGGUGUAUCUAAGCAGAUGUAUUGAUAACAGUGGUGCUUUGGAGUCUCUUGAGUCCUAUUCAACAAGAUAUGGAGAGGGGAACCCGGAAGCAUGCAGGAAGAUUGGAGGUCCUGAGAAUUGCGCAAAGAUCAUGAGCCAUCUAAUGAAGUUUCUUAGAGAUAACAUCGAAGAUGAAUUUUCUUCACAAUUGGUUCAGAAAGUGGUUAGAAUCUGCCCUUCUUCUGUAAGUCCCGAGGUCGUGAGGUUUAUCGAUGAAUUUGUAUGGAAAAAUGUCAGGAAUAUCAAUUCACCUCAAGCUUAUGGAUAUCUACUUGAUGUGCAAGGACUUGUUUUUCUGAAGACAGGAGACAAUACCUGGAUUCUGAAUCUUGUGCAGGUUGUGCUAAGCGAAGAGAUAUUCGAAAUAUAUUCCUCUUCACUAUUUCUUCUUGCCAUUGUUGUUCUGCACUCAUCUGGAGACUUCUCACCUGUUGUAGAAAUAAUAAGACAGGAGAGCCUGUGGAAAACUAAGGAGCUUCUUCUAAGUAUGGUUUGCCUUACAGUAUCCCUUUUCAAGACGGGGAAUUGCAGCAAGGAGCAGGUGGACUACAUUGUUGAGUAUCUGCUAGGAGUCAGCAUUCAUCAUGCCUAUGUUCUUCUCACCAACACAGUUGUUUCGGGAGAUUAUCUGAAGUGGAUCAAGGGAGAAAACAUAGAAGAGGAAUUUGUGCUAGCUUGUGCACUGAAGAAAAGGGGCUUGAUCAGCGAAGAGAUGUACAAGGAGAUAUACACCAGGAGUCUUCAGUAUUUUGAAAAGAAUUUUGUGUCGAAAAGAAAUGCCCGGCGGGUUCUGAGAGGGCUGGGAUAUGGGAUGGAAAGCUUUGGGAGGAGUGAAGCUUACGGGGUAAUGGAAAGAAACAAACACAGUAUAGGCUAUGAAAACAUUCCUUUCAGUGUAGCCGUUGCCUUUGAGCUCUAA